CAACAAGUAUACGCAACUACAUUGUUAUCAACUAUUUGCAGGAGAUCAAGAACUCUAAGAUGGCUGCGCCCAUGUGCUUUUGCUGUCUGUAGGCCGGCUGUCGUUUGAGUUCUCCACAUGUCACAGAUUCUCACUUCAGGAUGUCUUCAAAGCAAAGCCUCUCUACUGGUGCCUCUGAGGAACCAGCACGGUCAAGACUAUCUGUCCAUAAUUUCACUGAGACGAUAUGUGAACAGUCCAUUUACUUUCACGUUCUUUGCCUGAAAGACAGCUUCCUGCUAUGGAUUGGGCAGCAACCAGCAAAUAUGUCCAAUCUAGCAGUUGCUCUCAGCACAAAGAUUGAUAGCAUUCCCAGUGCAUCAUUGUUAAUGGGAGAGAUGACAGAUCCGGUAUCAACGACAUUAGCACAGAAACUUGCUAAACUGACAGGGAAGCAGGUGUUUGUGAGCUGUGACCUUCCACAAGACAGGAUGCUACUGCCUCUAGUGGAAACAAGAAUCAUCAAUGAACUCAAGGCCGUCCCCGACAAGUUCUACUUCUGAUCAUGGAUUCCUUCUUAUUGUGGACCUUAAGUUGGACGAUAGCCUAGGAUUGACUCUAUGGAUGGCCCAAGGGGUAGACAGAGCCAAGAAGGAGGUGGGUGAGCGAGUAUUCUACGACUAGUCUACUUGUUUGGAAGAUAUGUCCAGCCCACAAAAGUGGUAGGCCUCUGUUGGUUGGGGUUUGCCAUGUCUUCAAUUAGGAUGUAAGAUUGUAUUGACACGACUGUCAUGGCUGUCAAAGUCAGUCAGCUCUCAUUCCUGAAAGGUUUCCUACUUCUGUGUUCAUGGAUUCUGCGAUUUCCAUUUGAAUCUUUCCUUUGCGAUAUUCCCUUUGGAAACUAUUUCCUUUUGUAAUAGUCAUCGUUGUUAGUUUGACACAGUUGAAGACAUUUAAAGCCACUGCGAUAACCAGCUAGCUAGGCUUACAUGUAUGCAGACAGUCCAUUGGCCAUGUUCCCAAGUUUGUUUGUCCUUGGAGCGUGCACAUUGUAAAUGCGGUGAACAAGGAUGAAGUCCCUUCCACCUGUAGUCCGUUUGGUCUGCAUAACUUGGCCUGCAUAAAUUGUUUAUCACCUGAUACAGAAUGGACUUGACAUGCACUUGGCAGGGGUGGAUCCAGGAUUUUCGGAGGGGAGGUGUAUUUGUUUGUACGGGGAGGCGGUAAUACAUUUAGUUUUCACCGUCGAAGCCAUUCGAUCUCUUUGUUUUGUCUUUAACCACAUGCAAAAUAAGACCCCUACAUGGUUAAUACUUUUUGGGAGGUCUUCCAACCUUAAGAUGAACGCCCCUUUAUUAAACAAAAUUGGCACCGAGCAGGGUGACGAUUAUGACACCAUCCCCACCUCUGGAUCCACACCUGCUUUAAGGAGCUUAAGUCAGGAAGUAUUUUUAAUAAAGACAUUUGGAGGCCUUCAACUAGUUGUAUCCUGGGAGAUUGAUUGUCUAAGAACUCACUGAAAUCUCCAGGCCUUUAUUAACUACCUAGACGUCACACACACACAGUUUGCCUCCAGAUCCGACUGACAGCCCAGCAUUUCUGUUCUACGCUGCAGGAUCUGUAGGAAUCAUAAAUAGCUGAAACUUCAACAAAGUCAAGUUUUAUCGAUGGCUGUCCCAUAUAAAAGUUUGUUUUGAGAGUCGUUUUUUUUCUGACUUCUUCCUAUAUAUUCAGUAACUCCAUACAAUUAUCAUAUAAAUGACCUUGAUUUCACCUUUGU